AAGGAGAUAUGUAGGAAAGAACAUUCGCAUCUCGCAGCGUAGUCACUCUUUUGUGUCAGCAUUAGCAACUCCAACCAAACCCACCACCACCAUUACCCAUUUAAACGCACUUUCUUACUUCCAUUUUGCCCCCACCACUUCUUCUUCUUCUUCACUUUUCAUUCUAAUCCUCAUUAUUAUUCUUAUUAUUAUUGUUCUAACAUUAAUUACUAUAAGAAGUUUCCAUUUUGACCUAGCCCUCCAUCUUCACCUUGCUCCUCACGUCUUUUUCUCUUCUCUCCUUUGAAUUUACAUACGCGGCAAUGCUUGAAUUUCCGUCUCUCUCGCCAUGAACGACUCUCGGAGCGCCUCCUCCUCCUCCGCCGACUCCGCCUCCAUCGCCACCGCCGAUCAGAAUGUAGGCCGUAGUCGGAGGAGUUCCGAUGGCAGUCAAACGCUUGGUUCCGAGCCGUCGCGGCGGUGGCGCGACGUUUUUUGGUUGGGGAUUUUUGUCAUACACCUGGUGGGCUUGGGGUUUGUCCUUGCGGUUCUUGGGCUAAAUAGGUUUAAGAAAACGGAUAGGUUGAAGAUAGAUAGGUAUAUGGAUCGAGUGUUGGAGAAUCGAAAGGAAUUGACGGAGACGUAUUGGCCCUUCUACGCUCUCGCCGGCGGGGUCGGGGCUGUUCUUGGGUGGACUUGGUUGUUGUUGCUUGGUUCUCAAGCCAAUUACAUGAUGAAGGUCUCGGUCCACAUUUUGACCACAUAUCUUGCUGUUAUUAGCGUUUUGUGCUUCUGGGGCGAGCAGUUUUUCUGGGGCGUUGCAUUCGCGAUUGGUGCCGCGUUGCAGUUCUUCUAUGUCAUAUCUGUCAUAGAAAGACUUCCAUUUACGAUGCUGGUGCUACAAAAAGCCGCAAAGAUGGUGUGGACUCUCCCUGAAGUUAGGCGGGUGUCGUAUGCAUUCAUGGUUGUUAUGCUUCUGUGGAUGGGGUUAUGGUCGUUUGGAGCAGCCGGUGUUGUUGCUUCGAGCAUUGAUGAUGGCGGACGCUGGUGGCUUCUUGUGCAAUGUUGUGCAUCAAUACAGGUUCUCUCGGUAAGCUUAUUUUGGACAGGUGCAGUCCUUUGUAAUACUGUACAUGUUAUCGUAUCUGGGAUGGUGUUCCUUGUUCUUAUCCAUGGUGGGCGCGAAGCGUCUUCUGUGCCUCCGAAUUCCUUGAUCAAGUCUCUACGUUAUGCUGUGACUACUUCAUUGGGCAGCAUCUGCUAUGGAUCACUCUUCACAGCUGCUAUUAGGACACUGCGGUGGGAGAUCAGGGGAAUCCGUUCAAAGAUUGGCAACAACGAGUGUCUACUUUGCUGUGUUGAUUUUCUUUUUCAUCUUGUGGAGACCCUUGUUCGUUUUUUCAACAAGUAUGCUUAUGUACAGAUAGCAGUUUAUGGUAAAAGCUUUAACCAUUCGGCAAGGGACGCCUGGGAGUUAUUCCAGUCAACUGGUGUUGAAGCACUUGUUGCCUAUGAUUGUUCUGGGGCUGUUCUACUAAUGGGCACUUUAUUGGGUGGACUCAUCACUGGAACUUGCUCAGGAGUCUGGACAUGGACUAAAUGGAGCGACCGGGUUAUUAUGGUUGGUUCUACUGCAAUGCUAAUGGGAAUGGUCUUGGUGGGACUUGCAAUGGUGGUCGUGGAAAGUGCUGUUACAUCCAUAUACAUAUGUUACGCAGAGGAUCCUUUGUUAAUUCAUCGGUGGGAUGCAGAGUUUUUCAAUCAGAUGUCAGAGACGCUGCACCAGCGCCUUCAAUAUAGGAGUGCAAGAGCAAGGGAAGUUUUAACCCACAGUCGUUUUGAUCCCCACAUGCACGAAACACUUCCAAUUUGAAUCCUUACGUGAUUUGUAGAAUGUACAAUGUAAUUCAUUGUGCUUUACUCUAUGAUUCUAUUCCUCCAUCACAUACAAAUAUAUAUUUUUUUGGGCUAUCGUUCUUGGUUUCUGAUUGAAGCACUCCGCUCCUACUGUGUUAGGUUGCAUUUUUCUUAGAUGUUUAAUAUCAAGUAGCGAAGGAGGAAAAGUGGUCGCCAUUAAAUUCUUUUUGAGUUGGUUGUAAUGAGAUCCUAGAUUCGCAUGUCGUUUUUACUUGCCUGGAGUUUAUGAUAUUCGCCAUCU